GCUCCAGGGAUUCAGUGAGCAUGCUCAAUGCUCUCUGCCUGAUAGAAAGAGGAAGCUAGUUUACAUACGACUCAUACCAAGCAUAGCCUGCAUGUCAGUGCAGUUAACUUGCAGCGGGCUGUGAGGAGAACUAGCUUGUCUUUGUCCUAGGACAUUUCCCCAUUUUUUUUUUCCUUUUAAAUUCCCAGAAAAAUUUGCAAAGAGUUUUUUUUUUUUAAACAGUUUUCUUUGUAGCUGGGAGACACAAUAUACUCUAAACUCAGUCUCCGAAAUCCUGGAAAGGUUCCUCCCUCCCUAUCCAACUUUCCUUAAUAUACUUUAUUUUGAUUAGUCAAAGGCUGGGCCUUGAGCUUGUGAAGUUUAGAAAGAGCCAGGAGCUAAUUGGGCAGCGUUUGUCGCGUCCUUCUCCCUGUUUCUGGGCAAAAGCAAACAAGCUGGUCUUUUUUGUUAGCCCGAUAAAUGCUAUUUAUGAAGAUGGACCUGUUGAACUACCAAUACUUGGACAAAAUGAACAACAAUAUUGGCAUGCUGUGCUAUGAAGGUGAAGCAGCUCUAAGAGGUGAGCCCAGAAUGCAGUCUCUUCCAGUAUCCUCUGCUCUAACCAACCACCGAACAGGCCCUCCUCCCAUCAGCCCCAAAAGAAAGUUCAGCAUGGACCAAGGGGAUGAUGAGCUAGACUGUGAAAAUGAACAUGUCUCUAAAAUGAGUCGAAUGUUCAACCCGCACCUAAACAAGACUGCCAAUGGGGAUUAUCGAAAGGAGCACAGAGACAGGAGUCGCAGUCCAAUAGAACGGGCUGCUGCCCCAACAAUGAGCCUUCAUGCCAAUCACAUGUAUGCCUCAAUCCCAAGCUUGACCAUGGAUCAACCUCUAGCACUGACCAAAACCAGCAUGGAUGCAACACGAACAGUCAGCAGCAUCACGCCUGCGCUGACGUCUGUGGAACGGCAGCAGAACCGUCCAUCUGUAAUCACAUGUGCCUCUGCAAACACCCGUAACUGUAACCUCUCCCAUUGCCCCAUCGCCCACAGUAGCUGUGGUUCAGCCAUGCAAGCCAGUUACAGAAGACCAUCUAGCACUACCACUGCCUGUGAUCCAGUGGUGGAAGAGCACUUCCGCAGAAGCCUUGGCAAGAAUUACAAGGAGCCUGAGCCAGUGGCAAACUCUGUGUCCAUCACAGGAUCAGUUGAUGACCACUUUGCCAAAGCACUUGGGGAUACAUGGCUUCAAAUUAAAGCGGCAAAGGAUGGAGUGUCCAGCAGUCCUGAGUCUGCCUCAAGGCGGGGCCAGUCUUCCCCUUCCUCCCACAUGGUCAAUCAUAAUCAUUCGCCCUCUGUAGUCUCAUGAAGAGAGCGGAUCAUCACACUUCCGAAUUUGCAUGGUUUGACUGAGCUUUGAAUAGUGUUGGGGUGAGGGGAGAUUAGUUUUCAACACGUUUUUGUGUACUUGUUUGGUGUUUGUACAAGGGUGCCCUUAAAGAUGAUAGCAGGAACUAUUUGAUAAAGAUCUAUAUGAUGUAGCAUCCUUUUU